AUGAACGUCCUGGAUUUGGGUUUCUUUAACUCUAUUCAAUCCCUGCAGCAGACGCUGGAAUGCCGCAGCAUGGAAGAACUCAUUGCUUCCGUGAAGUGCUCUUUUCUUAUGCUGUCCCCCUCGAAGCUGGAGAAGACGUUUUUGACCCUCAGGCGAAUCAUGCUUGUCGUCAUCGAGGCCAACGGUUGCAAUCGCUACAAGAUACCCAUAAGUGCAUUGACACCAGAGGACGAAAUGGCUUUAUCAUUGAUGAAUUUGCGACUCGAGGAAGAGGAUAGAUUAGAAGAGGUAGCAAACCUGUUGACCACAUUGAAGAUUGAUGAGCUGUAA